AUGAGUGGGGCAUUGCAUAAUGGAGUCUCCGAGAGGAGCAAGAAGACAAAGGGCAAGAUUCUGACGAGCAUGUUGGAUUCAAUGGUGUGUUCCAUAUGUCAUGAUUAUAUGUUCGUACCCAUGAUGACACAAUGUGGUCACAAUUUUUGUUACAGCUGUAUUACGAAUUGGUUUGAAAGUAAUACAACUGUAGAGCUUACUUGCCCACAAUGCCGCUGCAGUAUCGGUGAAGAGCCACAUCUAAAUAAUACCUUACAACAACUGCUAUUUGGCGUAGUUGAUACACUGAACGAAAAGGAGAAAGAAAGCAAGACGCUCAACAGUAUAUUAGGAGAGAAGAAAGCAGCCGAUUCUUCAUAUAGAUUUGAUUUGAAAUCUAAUAAUCUUUUCAAUGGAGUUUUCAAGACCAGUGCACUAGGAGUCGUGGAUGAAGAUGAUGAUGGCAUAUUAAGGUGCAGCAACUGUCAUUGGGAGUUGGAAGAUGACGAAGAUGAAGUUUGCCCACAUUGUGGCUGUAGGAUACGAAGUCGGAUGCGGUCAGGGAACGCAGGUCGAAAUCUCGAAGUCGAGGAAGACGAGGAAGAAGAAGAGGAAGAGGAAGAAGAAGAAGAAGAAGAAGAAGAAGAACUUGCUGCUGCUCAUAACGAAAUAGAUACUGAAAUUUUGCAGGAGUUGCGUGACUCGAUAGAGCAUUACAAAAAGCAAGCAAGGUCAGUCAUUCAAGAGUACCGAAAUGAAGAGCAACCAUUAUCAAGACAAUUCGAACAAGACUUCCCUCAUGUGGUGAAAAUCGAGUCUGCUCCGGACCGCAUGGUAUAUUUGCCAUCCUAUAGCGUAUACACUCAAAGCGAUUUUACUCUUGCUGAAAAUGAUCGAGACAGACGAACAAGACUAAUUCAAAGGAUCGAAUCAGGUGAUAGCUUGGAUAUGAACCAGCUGCGACAUGAUAGUCCUGCGCAGAAGCCCAAUCCUAUAACAGGAUACUACUCUGAGGGUGAUUUCUCUGAAAGCGACUCGGAUGAUGUAACUGAACGCAAUUCUAAUCAUGAUUUGGUAGACUUGGAAGCUGAAGAUUCAAGAGAAGAGGAGGGUCAGGAUAGUGACUUCUACGAGCAUAAUGAAGAAGAUGAUGGAUUUGUGACGGGAGAUAGUUUAGAUGAUGCUGGGGGAGAGGAAGAGUAUAUUGAGGACGAAGAUGAGAACGCGUAUAUCGACACCGACGCUAGUGAAGGUACCUACGGGAAUGACGAGCGAAACGGAUUGAAUGAUGGUGCAGGCGAUUAUGAUGAGAAUGACGAAGAUGAUGACGAUGAUAAUGAUCAAGACCUUUACGAUCUUGUAGAUAAAGGCACCGCAUCAAAGAAGCGCAGACUUACAAGUACAUCCGACGCCAACAGCGCAAAUGAAGAGGAAGAUGAAGAAAUCACAAUGCGUAAUCCCCGAAGAAGAUUCAAAAUUGUUACUGAUAUCAGUGAUGAAGAAUAG